CCGCGCUGUUCUCCGUAACGAGACUCCUCUGCAGCCUUUUCUCUUGAUGGAUACGGGAUGAUGAUUUCCGUGUUGCGCCGAAGACCGCAGGCUGAGGGAGCACGCAAUGUGGGUCUCUCAGGCUUGUGAAUGCAGUGCAGCGGCUGGCCAAAAACACUGGGAUACCUUAAGAGAAGCGUGUCGCAUCCUUCCAGCUGGGACGUCUAGACUCUACCAUUUUACUAUUGCGCGACGGUAUACAAUGACUGAAGCGAUUAAGCGGUUGUCGAUUGCUGAAGAAGAUCAUGGCUCGGCGCCAUCCGACGUCCAAGGAGAAGGAGAGGCGCCCCAGGAUGAGAGGUACAAAUGGUAUCGCGGUGUCUUCGCCCAGGCUACUAUCGUCGGGUGUUGUGCGUUCGCAGCCCCGGGACUGUGGAACGCGAUGCAAUCUGUCGGAGCUGGUGGUGCGCAAACGCCAUAUCUAGUGAUGGCUGGAAAUGCAGUGCUUUUCUCUCUGAUGACCUUUGCAUGCUUGAGCGGCUCAGUGGUCAUCAACCAUAUUGGUUUACGCCACACUCUGGCUCUCGGUACGACAGGAUAUGUUCUCUACUCGGCUGCACUAUACCAGAACAAUCGUUACGGCACUGAAUGGUUCAUCUACCUCGGUUCUGCCGCAUGCGGCGUUACAGCUGGGCUAUUCUGGGCUGCUGAGGGCGCCAUCAUGCUCAGCUACCCACCACCAGAAAGCAGAGGACGCUAUCUAGCAUACUGGCUCACGUACCGUAAUAGCGGAGCGAUCCUCGGUGGCAUUAUCAAUCUGGCGUUUAACUAUAGUGGAAGGAGACUCGGCAAGCUCAACUGGAAAACGUAUAUCGUGUUUGUCGUUCUACAAUGCCUCGGCCCGGCAGUUGCAAUGCUUCUUUCCACCCCGGAACAAGUCCGAAGACGCAACGGCACGAGAGUCAAACUGCUCCCACGCAUCCCAGCGAAAAUCGAACUACGCGAGACCCUCAAACUCUUCCAGCGAAAGGAAAUGCUCCUCCUCAUCCCGUACUUUCUCUACGUAACUUGGUCCCUCCCUUACAUCGGCAGCUACAUGUCCCUGUACUUUUCCGUCCGCAGCCGUGCCCUCGCUUCCCUCGUCACAGCUCUCGCUCAAGUUCUCGCCACUGCCAUUAUGGGCACCUUCCUCGACUAUAAGCGCCUUUCCAUUAACACGCGCGCCCGUUAUGGCUUCCUCGGGAUGAUGGUGCUCAGCGGCGGCGUAUGGACCUGGGCUCUCGUCAUCCAGCACAAAUAUGGCAAGCAUAAACCGGCAUUGGACUGGAAGGAUUCAGCUUUCGGCGAGGGCUGGGCCCUGUAUGUGUUCCAGCAGGUGGAGUUUGCGCUGACGUAUAACUAUGGGUACUGGCUCAUAAGCUUCCUCGCGAGGGAUGCCGUGGAUGUGGUAAGGUAUUCGAGCGUGGCUAGGGCAGUGGAAGCCGCCGGCCAAUGUGUUGCGAGUGGUAUCAGCUCGACACAAGCCAGACCGAUCAUCAGCGCGGGAAUCAUCUUUGCCUGGUGGGGAAUUGCAUUGCCACUUGGGUAUUUGGUCACGAGGCAGGUCGGUAUUGUACAUGUCGGGGCGGAACGGGUCGUUACUCAGGUCAGAGAAGCCACUGGCGACGAGGAUGCUGAGUCGCAAAAGGUUUGAGAGAAUAGAGAAUAGAACGAACUGUCUCGAG